ACAAAUAAAUUAAUAGGUUAUGUUAUGAAAAAAGUUUAUUUAAACUUACAAAAUGUUUUACGUAUUUUAAAUUAUUGUGACAUAGAAUUAUAUUGUGAUUUUGAAUAAUUUGUAGAUCUAUAAAGGCUAGCGUUCUAUUUGUACCAUGGAACGCGGUAAAGGUGGGCCUGGUACAAGAGGGCCCAAAUCAAAAAUAACACAACCAUUGCCAGAUUCAUUUAUUGCCUUAGGAGCAAAACAGUCGUCUUCACGAGAUGAUUCUAAAAGGACAGUACCUUUACCAAAAUCAUCAGUUUCUUCACAUAUAGGAUCUUCUGGAAAAGGUUCAGGUGAUAAACUCAAGAGGGAAGGAACUUCUUCAACUUUAGCUUCAGUUAAUCCUGCAAAGAAAAUCAAAGUUAACCUCCCAGGAUCAAGGUCUGGCUUAAAUGUAGCUAGUGGCAGUGGUUUACUACCCAUUGAACGUAUGACAGGGGGAACUGAACCAUGGGAGUCUCUUGUUGUGGAGUGUGAUGCAGCAGAUGCUUUUGAGAUCAUAUCGACUCACAUUAAUAAUGACAACUCAGAAAAAGCAGUUGGUUAUGUCCUUGGUCUGAUAAAAAAUCUAAAAAACCAGAGAUCUAAACCAUGCAAAGUGGUGUAUUCAGUCCUUGGCCUAGUGUGUUCUCUAAAAGCUUCUAUAUUUACACAUGACAUGAUAGUUACUGCUAUGUUAAGUGUAUUGAGAAGAGACGUUAAUGCUGGAUUAAAACCUGUAAAUAGGGGUAAUCCGCAGGUUGAUCACAUGUUUUUAACUUUUUUAUCCCGUGCAUAUGCAGAAUUUGAUAAUUGGCCAGAGAUUUUUGUUAGACUUUAUGUUGAAGAUGCUGUUGGAGAUAGAGUGUUUGUUGAUUCCCCACUUGCCAAACCAUUUGUAGAUAAUAUUAUAACAGCGUUUAAUACUAAAAUGCCCCCAUCAUCACUGCUAAAGUCAGAAACUUGGACUUCUGCUUCCAGGGACACAUCAAGUCCAUUGACAAUUAAUAGUAUCGAUGAAGAUGAUGUUUUCACUGAACAACGUGCAGUUGUUGAAUCUUGGCCAUACAAAGUAUAUCCUAGAUUCACGCAAGCCCAAGAAAAAGUAGAACAAAUCGUACUAGAAGCGAUAAAAGAACAGCUAGCAAGAAGGCAACAACCAGAAACUAUUACGAAAAAUUUUGUACGCUUUUUGAGCACAGCCUGUGGUCUGGUAGAGAUAAGAAUCAUAGCUGUCUCUCGAAUAGAGACGUGGUUGCAUAACCACAAACUGAUGAAGCCAGCUCAGGAGCUUCUGGCUUAUUUGUGCUAUAACUGUUCAGCCAACUCUCAAAGAGAUCAUGAAGUUAUCUCUUCAUUGAGUAAACUUCGGUUAAAAAAUAAGCCUAUUGUUAAUUUCUUCAAUAACUGUUUACGUGAGAUGGUGUUCUCGUUUCCAGAGAAUUUGUACCCGCUGUUAAAAUAUACCAUUUAUAAUGAACUUAGUAAUUCGAGGAACACAAAUAACUUAAUUGUUGUUGGAGCUAUGUUUCAAGUUGCACCUGAGUCCAGUGCAGACGCAUUUGCUGAUAUAUGUUUGGAGCUACUUUUAAACAAAGAUGACUAUUUGCGUCCCGUGCGGGCUCUUCUGAAAGAAAUCAACCGGGUUUUGAGGCACGAACUAAAUCUUUUGAACGUUGUGCACUCUCUUCUCAGAGAACGGAAGGACUUUACCAAUAAUGUACGCGAUCACGAGUUUCGGGAAAGAAUUUUCUUAUCUCUGGCCGAUCUCAGUUGCAUGAGCAUGUUGCUCUGCGUAAGUCCACCAGUUAGAGAUGCAGCUAAUCAAAGCAAGCGCGAUGUUGGUGUUUUGAAGGCGUUUCAAAUGCAAGUUAGUAACAUCCAAAAGGAAUGCGUGACUUGGUUGCACGAUUCGGCUCUUAGAAUUUAUAGACCGAGCAUUACGGACUUCGUCCAUGUUUUACAUAAGGUUUUGUUCCUGGAGCAGGCUGAGCAUUAUUACAAAGUGGACAAUUGGCCGGGAGAGAACGAAAGAAACUUGUUUUUGAGACUUACUAGCGAAGUCCCUCUCUUACAAACCACUUUACUUCGAAUUUUAUUGAUAGGGAUAUCAAAAGAACAUCCCAUCACUGCCCAAGAAGCUAUUGAUGUCUGCGAUCAGCUGAUUAAAAGAGCUGCUAAUUUACCGCAAGAUUGUGCGCCAUCUCUGGUGGUCGAUAAAAUAGAAAUUAUCGAUUUCUUCUUCAAUUUGUGCAGUUAUAACUAUCCAGAGAACUUUGCCUUGCCUCCAGGUUAUCUACCUCCUAAAUUGGCGAUUAUAACUUUGUAUUGGAGAGUUUGGUUGAUGCUGUUGAUCCUAGCAGCGCAUAAUGCAAUGAGUUUUGGCAGCUUGGCCUGGAAUAAGUACCCAACUUUGAAGAUGUUCAUGGAGAUGUGUAUUACAAACCAUUUUUCUUUUCCUCCUCCCACGAUGACGUCUCUCGAUGAAGACUACCAAUCUAAAGAGCAACAAAUACUUGUGCUGGAAAAACAAACAAUCUUGGAAUUCGAAUCUCACUUGGCCGCAGCCAGCACUAAAGUGGAGAUCAACGAACAAACCAGUUUGUUGUUACCUCAGUGCAUGGAACUCAGACCCACAGGGGAAGCGAGACGUCCACCACAGAAUGUCUUAGACCAACUGCAAAUUCUUAACAACUCACAUAGGUUGGGUCAUUUGUUGUGUAGAUCUCGAUGUCCUGAUUUUCUGUUGGAUAUCAUGUCCAGACAAGGAGGUACUGCCCACAUGCCUUGGUUAGCAGAGCUAGUUCACAGCUCCGAGGGAGUUUUAGCCCAUCUUCCCGUUCAAUGCUUAUGCGAGUACUUGCUGUCAACUGCUCCGACAGAGAAGCUGACCAAACAUGGGCAGUUGUUAGCGCAUUUAAGGGACGUUGUGAACGGAAAUGAACCGCAGACAGCUUGUGAAGUUUUGGAGUACUUAUUUAGAAGGUUAACUUCUGAACACGGAGCCAGUCGUACUCAAGCUACAAAGGGAUUGUGCCUUAUUUUAGCCCCAACCGACGACUUAGAGGUAGCAAACGAAAACCACACUCUUUGGCUGACUCAAUAUAUCAACCAGUUCACCCAUUUUCUACUGAUUAAACCUAUUUUGAUUCAAUUUUUGCGUCAAGCAGUGCAAAUAGAAACAAACCCCGCACGAGUAUCCAGUUAUAUAAACUUUUUAUCUCAGCAGGACUGUAGCGACUCUUUUGUGGAGUUAAACGAACUGGUGACAGAUUUGUCUUCCGUGAUCAUAGAACGCCAUAGUGUUGCGUCGUAUGUAUUGCCAAGCGAGGGCAACAUUACUUUAAAAAAUUUACUACAGCUGUUCUAUCUGUACACUCAAAAGGCCAAAGAAAAUGCGGAAGAAUCAUAUACGAUUCACGAGAGUUAUGGGCAUGAGUAUGUUAUAGUUUCUUGGGCGACCGGCGAACAGUGUCCUCUGCAGCCUGUCAUAAUUCAUGCCACUAUUGUUCUCUUAACUUACGGACCUCUGUCUACAUAUGAACCCUUUAAGAUGUUGUUAAACAGUUGGUUUCCCGAUAAUAUGGAACAUCCAAGAGCAUAUUCGCCUGACACGUCGGAGACCACUUCUUAUUUACCAGACUGGAUGAAAUUAAGGAUGAUAAGAUCAAAUGUUUCACAGCUGGUUGACGCUGCCAUUGAAAAGCUAGAUCCCACCAAACUGGUACUCUUUAUUCAAUCGUUCGGUAUACCUACAAAUUCUAUCAGUAAACUUUUACAUACUUUGGAUAAAGCUACAAUUUUGGACACUAAACUGGUAGUGGACAACGUAUUGGACAAGGCGUAUAUGAUACAACUGGUAGAAGUUCAAAACAAAAGAGGAGCUACAGGUGGCGAGACCUUCGUGAAAGCCAUAGAGAUGCAAAUGCCAAUAGUCCAAGACGCAGACAUACAAGUAGACAUUGAAAACAAAAAGCAAUUGCCAACUUUAAUGAAACGUCCAAAACUUGCGACGAAUGAGUCAGAUGUCGUUCAGAGUUUGAAUAAUCUUUUUAAUCCCCAUUAUCAGUUUGACAAGAACGCACUAAUAUUGUUGUUAAUUAAGAGUGUAACAUUAAAGAAAAGCACGGCGGACUUAAUCUUCAAUUUUAUAAAAUCCAUACCCGUCAAUUAUACCUUGCCGGUGAUAAUGCAGUACAAUUCAAUUUCCACAUUAAUCCGUUUGAUUUUCACCACAGGAGAGGACUACCCUGACAAGUUAAAUUUCGCUACGCAGUUUCUGAAAUUGAUCCCGAACAAAAAGUCCUGCAUAGCCGUCGUUCUGCAACAAUACACCAAGGGUUCUGUUACUGCCAAAAAAGAUAUCAAGAUGGAGGUAGAUUGUCCCGUCGCGAGUACUUCAGACGUCGAUGUUGCGCAUCCUCAAGAAAUUGGUGAGCGUUUAGGGAUGAUUUUGCUCGAAGGAGAUAACAAGGCAGAAAAAACUGGCUUGAUUGUAGAUUGGUUGUCGGCGAUAGAACUGGAAAUCGCUAACUCGAAUAAGCAUAGGCUCCAGAUGGAGCUCCUGUUUUCCAAACAAAAGCUACAAUUUCGACCAUUAUUAAUGUCGCUGGUACUACAAAGGGCCACUUGGAAGAUUUUGCAUAACAUUAUGAUAUACUUACUUAGAGAUGAUCUCGUGAACGAAGUGUGUCCUUCCUCCGCUUUAGAUUUUUUAACUGCCUUAACAAAAAGUCCCAAACUUUGGCAGGGUCGAGAUAAAGCUAUACCGAAACAUUGUCACUUUGAAGAUGUUCUACAGUUGAAUUGCAAUCAGGUACUAAUAAUGAUAAAGUUCAUAAUUGAAGAAUCAAAAACGAAUGAAAGUAUGUGGAAAAGAAAAAUGGAGAGUCGUUUGCAGUUGGUCCUACGAAGCUUAGGAAAUAACGCAGUCUCGAUCAUGAAAAAAUUAGUGCACGAUGCGAACGAUAUUUAUACACAUGAAUUGAUACUAAUGAUCUAUAUGUCUGUUCCAUACUCUGUGCCAGACCGCAUAGAGGUAAAACCAGAAACUUGUACGGAUAUUUACAACAAAAAUUGCCCUAGUGCGAUAGAUGAGAUAUCCCAUUGCCUUCUAAGUGCUCUAGCAGCAACACCAAGGAAUAAAGACUGGACUAAAAAGAGUCAAGAGCUAGAACUGCUCAUCAGAAAACUAGUAGCAACCCAUCCCUUAUUAGUACUGAGACAGUUGCCUAUGCUAGCCGGGUGUUUAAAAGGUAGAGCGCAAUACGAUUGGGGAGUAUUGAAAAGUCGAGGACAUUUCAUGCUGUUCGGACAGAUUCUAGGACUGAUGGAGCUCUUGCAGCCUUACAUAUUUAACCAAACGUCAACUUUGUGCGAACUGUUAGAUUCGUACUUUUUGCUGCUACAAUUUCAUGGACAGGGAAAAGAUUUGAGCGUUUUAGUUAGCAGAAUCGUCAUAUUUAUACAGCACUGGAUGGUUAAAGACGUGAAAGGUGCGUCAAAAUAUUUGCAGCAGUACGGAUCCUUGUUGCAUGACAUUCAGUACAGUCAACCAGGAGUCCGUCCACUACUAUCCAGUGUAUCGUUACCCAUAACCGACCAGUUGGGUCCCACAGAAGUUCUAGUAGGAACAGUCACUCCCCCCGUACCAGAAUCACAUCCACCACAAUGGGCUCAACUUAAAUCGGCUCUUCAAGCGUCAGAUAACCUAUCUGCCUUACAAGAACUGGACCACAUUACAAGCAAGAGACCUCAGUGGCUCGAAGAAGUCUCCCAAUACCUCUGUAACUCCGUCUCUUCCCCAAAUAGCUCCGCGAGGUCAUUGUCGUUGUUGUUGAUGAUCCGAUGGUUGAAAUAUAACCCCAAAGCUUCUAGUGCGGCUUUGCCGGCCGUAUUGGCUUGCAUUGAUAGUAAAAAUGGAGAUGUAGUGGAGAGUGUGUUGGAAAGACUGCCUGAAUUAGUAGCUGUGAUGCAAGAAUACGCUAAAAUUAUUUUGACGAGGGUUUUCCAAUUGGGUGUAAAAUCUGCUGUAAAUACGACCAGUAGUAUUACGAAGAGUAUUCAUUUAUUAGGUUUACAGUAUGGUUGUUAAUGUAAAUAAGUUUUUAAUGAUAUGAUGUAAUAAUUAAUGUAAGACAAAUAAAAAAAAAGGUAAA